AGCAAGCUGCCAGCUCAGGUAGAAAAGCUUCAGGGUUUUCCUCCCUUGUUAUUUAAAUCAAAGCCCACAAACAUUUUGCCAUAGCUACAAAACAUGACUUUACUGCUUUCGGUCCUCAACACCCUCCUUUGUUAGAACAGAGCAGGUGAGUAACAGCGGUGGAACAAGUUAGUCCACUUGAUAAAGUAAUCUGCAGAUAAGACACAGAAGGACUUGGAUCAGUGCAGGGGGAAAUAAUGAGCACAACCUGGUGAAUGGUAUCAGGAAAUAAUCUCCUCCUGAAAUGCCUUGUGUGUUUUCUGCAGUGGCAUCUCUGCUCAGCCUCACACUUGAGAAUUGAGUGCAGGCUCUAGAGGCACCUUGUUUUCUGGGCAGUAACAACAUGUUCAGCUAAUUAGCCAGAUUCCUGUGUCUUGGUUUCCCUUUGAGAGAGCAGCUUGGGCUGUAAUAGUAAGCAGAGGAUGUUUAAGAUGGAUCUAAUUAGAAGAUCUCUUUGAAUCACCUGAGAAGGUCAGUAUCUAGGUGAGGUCUCUCUGGAGAUGAAUCUCCCCAAGUAUCAACUUUGGUGAGAAACCCUGACAAAACCCCGCUGGAUACCCACAUUGUUGACGUCACGUGUAUUAUUUGGCUAUAAGCUCAUUGCUGCCCUCCAUCCAUUCACAAGGCUGUACAGCAAAGCCCCUGGACAAAAUGCCAUCCCCGAUUACUGCAGGUCUCCACUGCCUGUUUCUACUGCUCACAGCAUGUUGCCAGACAUCACAGGACUCAAACUUUCGUCCAUUCGUCGAAUACAUAUUUGACAGCAUGCUAGGAGAGGAGAGCUUCCAGACAGAGACGCAGAGGCAGAAGCGAAACAUGAUUACUUUUGACUUUUCCUCUGAGGAGCACACCGUUGAUAUUGAAGUAAGCCUUAUGGAUUCAUCUUUACUGGACCAAGUCAAAAACUAUCUCCAAAACCUUAAACUUUCAGUUCCAACAAAUAUUUCAAAUGUAGAAAUGAAAGUCUCAAACAUCAGUGUUACAACAGUCUGUCUGCCCAGUGGUGAGAAUGACAGUUGCUGUUCUUGUGAAGAUGGAUACACCUGGCCAAGUGAGGUGUGCGGUGACUUGAUAACCUGCCCUUCUGCCAGCCCAGCACCCAACCAGCCCUGUGGCUAUGUGAAGGGCAUGCUUUUCCAAGGGCGUUACUGCGAGCCUCAGACCAGAGCCUCAUGUGGUACGGGAGACCCCAUUGAAAUGCAAAUGUCAGUCAGACUCGACAUAGACUUUCAUCCUGAUCUCAGCAAUUCGUCUUCUGACUCAUACAAAAAAUACAAAGCUGACCUUGAAACAGCGUUUAAUGCUAGCUACAGAUGUUUACCAGGCUUUGUAUCGGCAGCAGUAUCUGGUUUCAGUCCUGGAAGUGUUUUUGUGAACUACGUAGUAAAAGCAGGAGGAGCAAGCUUCGAACAGAUAGCAAGUGCCAACAAAAUUUCACCACAAUUUCUAGAUUCAGCCUACCAGCUAAAGCCAGAUACCUUCACAACAAAAAUAACUGAUCAGACAAACUUCACUGUGAGUCUUGAAGACAUUUUUGAAGGAGACAAGGUAACACUGAUUUGUGAGAUAAAUUCAACAUCUGAGAAUGUGACUUGGUACCACCACGGUCAGAUCAUCUCACCCGACCUCAUCAAUUCAACCUAUGGGAAAACCUCAAAAUCGACUCUUGAAAUUGCCAACGUUAAAAUGAAUAAUUCUGGUUCCUACAGCUGUGCUUUCACAAACAGAAAUCAUCAGUUUCUCACACUGAUAUACAAUGACACAAAAACAAUCACAGUCUCUCCACUAAACAUCACUCCAAAUGUAAACCACAUGACUGUUACAUGCAACAGUCCUGAAAUGCAGAAAAACGGUCCUCUGCUGUCCUGCUGUAUUGACAAAAACCUACCAUCACUUACUGGUGACUGGAAAGUAAACGGAGAGAUCAAUAUUACAGGUGUCUCCAGUCUCAGAGGAAACUGCACGGAAUACAAGCUCAACAUCGAUGAAUCACUGUGCCUACUUGACAAGUCAGGUACGGUGACAACAUAUACGUGUGAGCUGCAGACUGGAAACGGUGCCAAGAGCAGCCAAAACAUCCAAGUGACGUACCUCCUGGCAGCCCAUGUCACAAUAAAGGAAAAUAACUCCUUAUAUUCUGAGGGAGAUAAAUUCAAUCUAACAUGUGAAAGCAAUGUGAGCAAUUAUGACAAGGUCAGUUGGAAAAUCCUGUCUGGAAAUAACCCUACAGAAGUAGACUGUGGUACGUGCAUCGAAAAUACAAAAAAUCCAUCCCGAUCUGUGCUCAAGGUGAUGACAGCCACACAGAAGUGGAACGGCACCUACAUCUGCACAUUCUUCCAGAAGGGCUUGAAUAGUUCUGCCAAUGUGACCAUCCACAUUGUUUCCUUGCCUCUGCAGCAGAACAUCCUGAUAGACCCCAUCGAAACACCUAUACUGUGCAAUAGGCCACAAACCCUUCAGUGCUGCAUAAAUGCUACCGCCGGGGAAGACUACAACGUUACAUUCGUGGUUGGAGAAAAUAGCUAUCAAUAUGCAAACAAGGAAAACGGAACUUUGUUGUGCUACAUGUACAAUUACACAGAAAAAAAUUGUAGCCAAAGGAGAAACCUCACAGCGUACUGCAAGUUUACCAACAGCAUCAAACAUAAUGCCAAGAGUGAAAAUAUAACACUGAAACUGAUAUCUGAUGGUAAACCUUCCUGCUCAAAUGACGCUGAGAUUGGAAUGGAAGAGGACACAUUAAUAAAGCCAUGCUGUGAUUUAAAUUGCAUAGAUGGUUUUACCCGAGGCAAUAAAACUUUUAAGUGCUCUAACAAAUCAUGGAUGCUUCAAGGAGAUAACUGCCUGUCCGGAACAAUAAACAACCUGCUGAGUAGUGCCGAGUCCUUGCUCAACGAUCCAGAGAGAGAUAAAAUCCUACCUGCUUACCUUGAAGAUCUUAGGAAAGAGAUGGGAACGGAGAAAAUAAACAGAUCUGCAAAUGUAGGUGCAGUUGUUACCAUCCUGAGUAUGGUCUCCACUAUCCCAGUGGAGGCAAACAAGCCCACUAUUCAAAAUUUCCUUUCCAUAGUGGACUUUAUUGUUGUAAAUUCCACACCUGAAGCUUGGAAACAUCUGAAUAACCAGGACGGACCCAAAAGUUCUUCAUUGAUGAAGUCGAUAGAAAAUUUUACCCUGAACCUCCAACCAGUUAAUAAUACCAUCCCUCUUGUCCGUGUAGAAAACCUUCAACUACAAGGUAUAACUGUCACAGAAAAUAGCACAAGUUAUAAUAAGACCUUCCGCAGUAAAAACAACCUCACAGUUGAUCUGUUCAUUGAUAAAACUGAAGUUCAGACUCUAACCCCAGAUUCAACCAUCGUCAGUGUGAUGUACUCAAAACUUCGAGGUAUUUUGCCCCAGAGUAGGUACCAGACUGUGAACGGCUUAAUCAUAACAACAACUGUGAGCAGUAACAGAAGCCAGAAUUUCAAAAUUAAUAUGAUCUUUGAAAAGAUAAACUUAUCUCUAAAGAGACCCCAGUGUGUCUUUUGGAACUACACACUCAACAAACCUGAAGGUGGCUGGGAUACUCAGGGUUGCACAGUCACACAGGGAGAAGAUAAUUAUGUCUAUUGCUCCUGCAAUCAUUUGACAUCAUUCUCCAUUCUGAUGUCACCUGAUAUACCCUCCUCGAUAAACACUGAAGAUUAUAUUACCUACAUUGGCCUGGCGAUUUCAAUCUUGAGUUUGGUGAGUUGCAUUAUAAUUGAAUCCUUAGUCUGGAAGUACGUGACGAACAACACCACCUCCUACAUGCGCCAUGUCUGUAUACUCAACAUAGCUACAUCCCUCCUGAUUGCCAACAUUUGGUUCAUUGUCACUGCCUCUAUCAGUGACCAAAAACAAGAGAAGAGCAAAGGUAUCUGUUUUGUGGCCACCUUCUUCAUCCAUUUAUUCUACCUGUGUGUCUUUUUCUGGAUGCUCAGCCUGGGCCUCAUUCUUUUCUACAGACUGGUCUUCAUCUUGCAUAACACAAGCAAGACCACACAGAAAGCAGUGGCAUUCUGUCUGGGAUAUGGAUGCCCCUUUGUCAUUGCAGUCAUCACCCUUGCUGUCACACUGCCAAGGAACAGUUACACCAGAAAAGAUGUCUGCUGGCUCAACUGGGAGGACAGCAAAGCUCUCUUGGCCUUCGUCGUGCCUGCCCUGAUCAUUGUGGUCAUGAAUUUGUUCAUCACCGCAGUUGUUAUAAUAAAAAUACUGAGGCCAACUAUUGGGGAUAGGUCAGACAGGCAGGAGAGGAAGUCUUUGUUUCAAAUUGGAAAAAGUGUGGCCAUCUUAACACCACUGCUAGGCCUCAACUGGGGAUUUGGCUUUGCCACCAUCAUCAAAGACAGCCAUCGAGCUUUCCACAUCCUCUUUGCCCUGCUCAAUGCUUUCCAGGGAUUAUUCAUUUUGGUGUUUGGGACUCUCUGGGACAAGAAGAUACAAGAAGCCCUGUUGAAGAGGAAUUCAAUGUCCAAAUGGAGUUCACAGCAAACAAAGGAGGAGUCACAUUCCCAGACACAGCAUAUACAAAAGUUUCAGCCAACAGGAAUAAGAUACCUCUAUCUGGAAUGGCUGCAUGAGGAUGAAUAACUCUGUGUAUUCUAAUCAAUAAAUGCUUGUUUCAACUUACACUUCUACAUUUAUAAACCCUCAUGAAAAAUGCCACGCCCGGAUGAGUAAGGGGUUGACAGCAUCAUAAUCUAACCACUGGCACCUGGGGUAGAAAAAGAAUAUGGUGGUAUAUGCUAGCAUCACUCUUAAAUGACAACAGAGCUUAGUGUCAUAUUGGUAUCUGAACAGGGUUUAUUCAGAAAAGCUAUAGAGGUGUUGGUAAAGAACUGGGAAGCAGACUUAAAAACCGGCACAAUUAAGACAGAUGGGUACAUAAUCUCAAAGGAAUUAAGGAGUCCAUUAAAGAUGGACUAUCAGCUCAGAGGAGUAGUGUUGUCUCAGAUCAUUCCACAAGAGUGAACUUUUCCACAAGAAUCACAGAAUUGCUGAAGUUGGAAAGUACUUCCAGAGAUACCUGGAUCAUAGCACCCUCCCACUCAGAACAUGGACAGUUAGAGCUCAGAGCCAUGUCCAGCUGGGUUUUGAGUAGUUCCAAGGAUGGAGACUCCACAAUCUCUCUGUGCAGCCUUUUCCUGUGUUUGACCACCCUCACAGUGAGAAAGUUUCUUUUUAAGUAGGAUUUCCUGUAUUUCUGUUUGUUCCCACCGCCUCUCGUCCUUUCACCGGGUACAAACGAGAAAAGUCUGGCUCUGUCUUUACUCCUUUCCAGUCAGGCGGCCCUCAGCAUGUCCUGUUGCAUGGGGUUGCUCCUCUCCAGGGACAGGAGAACUUUGCAUUUCCCUUUGCAGAGCUUCAUAAGAUUUCUGUCAUCCCCUUUCUCCUGACUGUUGAGGUCCCUCUGAAUGACACCAGACUCGAUCAGCCACUCCUUCCAGUUUUGCAUGACUUUGCACCCACUGCAGACUUGGUGAAGGUGCACUUUUCCCAUCAUCUGUAUCAUUAAUGAAGAUGUUAAACCAUUACUGGACCCAGUAGCCACCACUGAGCGUGUCCUCUCCAACGAUGUGCUGAAGGCCCAGGAGGAGACAGCCUGUGAUUAGCCAGGCAGAGCAGCGCUCUAAGUUUUAACUGCUCUGGCCACCUGCCACAUUCAGAUCUUAUGUCAGCAUGAGAAAGGAAAGAUGCAGUUUCUGCCUCACUUUUCUUCAUUUAGGAUCCCCAGAAUCAUCCACCUGGAUUUUUUUUAACUGGUUCUCCAAGCAUUCCAGUGUUUUCUGCAGGAGGGUGACUCCUGGGAAUCCAGGACUGGGAACAUUUCCUAAUGCGUUUCUAAAGCACCAUUCCUUCUUUCUGGCUUGAAAAUAACAUCUGCUUGAUGUGCUGCUGUUCUGACUGUGGGAAAAAGUCAGUUUUCCCAGGAAACUGGAAGGAAAGGCAGGAAUAACUGAUAUGACUAUCAUUAAGCAUGUUAGUUUCUUCAUACUUCAUUCCCUCCAUUGACACAUCCAGCAGAGUAAACUAGAGAGAACAAGUUGUUAAGUCUUGGACCCCAAUUCUGAAUUCCUUUUCAGACAGAAUCUCCUGGGCCAGACACUGUGGAAGCUGCCACAGUUGUGGAAGCUGCCCCAGGCAGUGGGAACUGCCAUAUUUCCUUGGCAGUUCUGCUGCUGAUAAGGAAUAAAUAAAGUGAGAUAAAAGUCUUUGA